UAUUUUUUUGAGAGACCAAAAAAUUAAUAAUUCAAAAAUCAGGGACUUGAUAUAAAUAAAAUUAAAUAUCAGAAAUUGGGAGACUAGAACAGAAGAAUAACUAGCAGUGGCACCAAAUUACUCCUAGCAAAGCUUCAAUGGUAACUUGGGCCUAACCACUUCAAAUUUCUAUCAAAGACUUUAUCUUUAAAAUAAAAGAAAUCAUUUUUGGGUUGCCCAUAUUCCGAUAUUUACUUCUCUUAUCUUUAUUCAUACUCUGCUGAGUUCUUUUAGCUUUUUUCAGUACAAUAAAAGUGGGGCAGUUGAUGAGUUUUUGUGUACCCAGAACUAGUUUUCAACUAUUAAGGCGUGGUUUUCAUUUGGGCAAGCAGUUUAAGAACCCAACUGCUACUGCUGAAGACAUUGUUUUCAGAGCAAUUUGUGUUAAUGUCAAACAGAAGAAAUGGAAGUUCUUGGAGCAAAUCACACCCAGUCUUACCGAUUCCCUUGUGAGUCGUGUUCUUCGCGAGUUUCAGAACUCGCCCAAGCUGGCUUUAGAAUUUUACAAUCGGAUUGGAGAGAGCAAAACAAUUUCACAGCUCUCUUUAGAAUCUUCUUGUACUUUGGUUCACGUUUUUGUCAAUUCAAGGAGGUAUGACAAUGCUUUGAAUCUUAUGGGAAGUUUAAUGAGUUCCUAUGUGGUUUCUCCAUUGGAGAUUUUAGAAGGUUUGGUUAAGAGCUAUGAAGCAUGUGGUUCAUGUCCUGCUGUGUUUGAUGCAUUGGUUAGGGCUUGUACUCAGUUUGGAGCAACUGAAGGUGCUUAUGAAGUUAUGGAGAAGCUUAGGUUGGAUGGUGUUUGGGUAACAAUUCAUGCUUGGAAUAACUUUCUUAGCCAUCUUCUGAAGUUGAAUGAAACAUUUAGGUUUUGGAAUAUGUACAAAGAAAUGGUUUCAUUUGGGAUGUUGAAGAUUGGUAUUUGGCCUAAUAUUGUUACUUUUAACAUGAUCAUGGAUGGAGCUUGUAAGAUUGGUGAUUUGGAACUUGCUUUGAAGCUUUUCAAGAAGAUGGGAGUUAUGUCAGGUGAGUAUGUUAAGCCCAAUUCAGUCUCUUACAAUUGCAUCAUUAACGGGUUCUGCAAAAUUGGUGCUGUUUUUUUUGCUGAAAAGCUUAGAAAUGAAAUGAUUAAGGCAGGUAUUGAGUGUAAUGUUAGGACUUAUGCAACAUUAGUAGAUGGGUUUGGGAGAGUAGGGAGUUUGGAAGAUGCACUUAGAUUAUCUGAUGAAAUGACUGAAAGAGGUUUGACCCCUAAUGCUAUUGUUUACAAUACAAUCAUUCAUUGGCUUUACUCAGAAGGUGAUAUGGAGGGAGCUUCCUUGCUUUUCUCUGACAUGGUUGAAAAACAUAUAUGUCCUGAUAAGUUCACCUAUUCAAUCCUCAUAAAUGGGUUUUGCAGAAAAGGUAAUGUGAAUGAAGCUCUCAAGCUUCAUAAACUAGUACUCGAUAAGAAAAUUAUAGAGGAUUUAGUUUCUUAUAAUAUCCUUAUCAAUCAUAUGUGCAAAACUAAGAACUUUGGAGCAGCAAAGCAGUUACUGGGCAGUAUGUUUGUUAGCGGUUUACCGCCGGAUCUCAUCACUUAUGGGACCUUCAUUGAUGGUCACUGCAAAGAAGGAAACAUAGAAAGUGCAGUUCAAGUUUAUGAAAAGAUGAUUAAGGUUGACAAGAAGCCCAAUUUGGUGAUAUACAACUCUGUCAUGAAUGGUUUAUGCAAGGAGGCAUCAUCAGUUGAUAUAGCAGAACUUUUAUUUGAUGAGUUAAGGAGAAUUGGGAGUUUUAAUGCAACUACUUUUAACACGUUGAUAAAUGGAUUUUGUAUUAUGGGAAACUUUAAUGCAGCGUUUGAUUUGGUUUCAGAAAUGAGAAAGGUGGGAGUCUCAAUCAAUGAAGUGACAUUCAAUACAUUAGUCAAUUUAUUGUGCAAGUUUGGGUGUUUCCAACAUGCAAAGGAGCUUAUGAAGGUGAUGAUUCUUCAUGGUGUGGUACCUGAUUUUAUUACAUAUACCACUUUGAUAACCAAUUUCAGUAAGAAUUGUAGUUCAGAAGAGGUUAUUGAAUUGCAUGACUAUAUGGUGAUUAAGGGAGUAAUUCCUGAUAAGAGGACUUACAAGGCUAUGGUCUGUCCUCUUCUCCAAGAAGAAAAGGCCAAGAAUAGCUCAGCAGAGUGAGUUUCUGCAGUGAAAGAUGAACUGAGUUUGACUUUGACCAGCAUUUGUUCCCAUCACACAAUAUGUAGAAGGCCUCAAGAAAUGUGUCUUGUUAAUCUCUUUGUUCUGGUGUUUGCGUGUUGUUUUCUUCUUCUGUAGGCAGGAAUUUUUUUUAUUUUUUUGAAGGCAAGGCCAAAUAUGGGGGCAUGUUGUACAUUUUUUUUUUAAUUUAUAUGUUUGUAUUUUUUUUAUUAUUAUUAAUACUCAUUUAAAAAAUAAUAAAGAAUUUAAACCACCAAA